CGCCGUAGCCGCAGUUAGGGCGAAUUUGAAACCGGCUAAGCACGCGCUGCCAUUCUCACUCCACCCGGCGCAGGAGGCGAUUACAUAAACUCGCUAGACAUUUCUUCACGGAACUUACGACAUCUUCCCUCCUGUUGAAACCAGCUGACCAAAGAAAUGGUGAUGGAGAAGCCAAGUGCCCAGCUUGUCGGGCGAGAGUUUGUCCGACAGUAUUACACCCUUCUGAACCAGGCUCCUGACUACCUGCACAGGUUUUAUGGCAAGAACUCCUCUUAUGUGCAUGGAGGUCUGGACAACAAUGGCAAGCCAGCAGAGGCAGUCUAUGGACAGUCGGAAAUUCAUAAGAAGGUGAUGGCACUGAGCUUCCACGACUGCCACACUAAAAUCAGGCAUGUUGAUGCCCAUGCGACCCUGAACGAGGGGGUUGUGGUGCAGGUGAUGGGAGAGCUGUCCAACAACAUGCAACCCAUGAGGAAAUUCAUGCAGACCUUUGUGUUGGCCCCUGAGGGCACUGUUGCAAACAAGUUUUACGUACACAAUGACAUUUUCCGCUAUCAAGAUGAGGUCUUUGGAGACUCGGACUCUGAACCUCCUGAGGAGUCUGAGGAGGAAGUGGAGGAGCUGGAGGAGAGAGUAAACUCCCCUGAAGUGCCACAAGAAGAGGCCGCUGCAUUCUAUGAACAGACACCUUGCCCGGAGCCCGAGGCCCCUCAGGAGGAGGUGGUUGUGACCCCAGAGCCCCAGGCCGAGCCAGAGGCUGAGCCUGAGCCUGAGCCAGCUGCAGUGGAGCUGAAACAGGAGCCAGUCAGUCAGACAGAACCCCAUCCUGUGGAAAAGACCCAGAGAGCUCCACCCUCACCCACACCUGCUGACCCUGCACCUGCCGCACCAGAGGACAACCGACCUUUCUCGUGGGCUUUAGUCACCAGCAAGAAUCUCCCCCAAGGAGGAGUGGUGCCACCUUCAGGAAUUCCCCCUCACGUAGUCAAAGCUCCAGCAACUCAGCCCCGUGUGGAAGUAAAAACAGAAACCCAGACCACAGCACAGAGACCUCAAAGAGACCAGAGACCACGUGACCAAAGACCAGGACCCUCUCCAGCACAGAGAGCACCAAGACCAGGAGUGCGAGAAGGUGAGAGUGGGGAGUCUGAAGUGAGGCGGGUGGUCAGGUAUCCCGACAGCCAGCAACUCUUUGUAGGAAAUGUACCUCAUGAUGUGGACAAGGCUGAGCUUAAGGAGUUCUUUGAACAGUAUGGCACAGUACUGGAGUUGAGGAUCAACAGUGGUGGCAAACUGCCCAACUUUGGAUUUGUGGUCUUUGAUGAUUCCGAACCAGUACAGAAGAUCCUGAGCAACCGGCCCAUAAAGCUACGAGGUGACGUGCGUCUGAACGUGGAGGAAAAGAAGACCCGUUCAGCUCGUGAAGGAGACCGUCGGGACAUCCGCCCUAGGGGCCCUGGCGGACCUCGAGACAGGAUAGGAGGGCCAAGGGGUCCACCACCCAGAGGGGGCAUGUCUCAGAAGCCCAGUUUUGGUGCUGGCCGCGGAGCAGGAUCUAGUGGACCACGUCAGUGAAGCAGCUCUCAUGUCCAAUCACUGCUGAUGCAAGUCACCCUGAGUAACAAACGGCUUCCCUCAUCCCUGUUUCCAGGCCACUCCUGGGCUGUGGAGUGGCUUUUCCCCUUUUAUCUGGACUCCUCCUUGUAUUUGAGUUUGAACUUGAAUUUGUUGUAGACAAACAAAAACUACUUGAAUUGUGGAAAAGGUAAAACCCAACGUUUUUUGGUUUUAGCGUUCUCUCCCUGUUUCUUAAAGGAACGUGUUUUUACUGCUCGGGCAAUCCUGUGUAUUGCUAGCGCCCGCUGUCAGGUCAAAGUGCAAGUAUGGUUUUAUUUGGAAUUGUUGCCAAGUCAAAUCAUGGUUGUGUAUGAGUGACUAUCUAGCAUGUAAAGAAUCCUGUUUGCCUUCUACUGUUGCACUUCAUCAAGAAUGACGACAUAUUUUAACAACUCUGCUGAUGAGAGAACAAAAAUAAACUUGAUGUACUGUUUUGAA